CAGGCUCGCGCGCUCGCCCCUUCCCGCCCCGGCCCCGCCCGCGCGCCAGGUUUGAAGACUCGAUCCCUCCAGCCGCAGAGGACCCACGGGUUUCCGCCCACGGCGAGCGUUUCUGCAGUCUUUUAGGGGGAUUCUGUUUUUCUCUCCCGGGAGUGCUGUCAUUUGCCAUAAUGGCUAGAAAUCAUACAUGGGAUAGGAUUUAGUCUCCCCAUACUUCUGAAUCAAUGAAGAGAAAAUGGGAAGCAAAACUGAAGCAAAUUGAAGAACGAGCAUCCUAUUAUGAGAGGAAACCAUUAUCCUCAGUGUACAGACCAAGAUUGUCCAAGCCAGAAGAACCACCAUCCAUUUGGAAACUAUUUCAUCGGCAAACUCAAGCUUUUAAUUUUGUUAAAAGCUGUAAAGAGGAUGUUCAUGUAUUUGCUUUGGAAUGCAAAGUGGGUGAUGGACAACGUACUUACCUCGUAACAACCUAUGCUCAACUUUGGUUUUACUAUAAAUCCCGAAGAAAUCUAUUACACUGCUAUGAAGUCAUUCCUGAAAAUGCUGUGUGCAAGCUUUAUUUCGAUUUGGAAUUUAACAGACUUGCCAAUCCAGGAGCUGAUGGGAAAAAGAUGGUUGCAUUACUUAUUGAGCAUGUUUGUAAAGCACUUCAAGAGUUUUACAGGGUUAGUUGUUCAGCGGAAGAUGUUCUCAACUUGGAUUCUAGCACUGAUGAAAAAUUUAGCCGCCAUUUAAUAUUUCAACUCCAUGAUGUGGCAUUUAAAGAUAAUAUUCAUGUUGGUAAUUUUGUGAGAAAAAUUUUACAGCCUGCUUUUCACUUAAUUGCUAGUGAAGAUGAUAUGACUCCAGAGACAACGGGCCGUGAAUUUUCCCUCUUUUCUGAAACACCAGUUAAGCAAGGAAUUUCCUUUAGCAAAAUGUCCACAGAUAAAGAUAUAGAGGAGAGCUGGACAUCGAAUUCAAAGAAACUGGAGAGACUAGGGUCAGCUAAGCAGAGCAGUCCUGAUCUUUCAUUUUUAAUUGUGAAGAAUAACAUAGGAGAAAAGCAUCUUUUUGUAGAUCUAGGAGUUUAUACAAGAAAUAGAAACUUUCGACUGUAUAAAUCAUCAAAAAUAGGAAAGUAUGUGGCUUUGGAGAUUGCUGAAGAUAACAGAUUUUAUCCUAUACAGUUGAAGAAUAUUUCCAAAGAAAAUCAAUAUUUCCUCUCUUCUUUGGUCAGCAAUGUCAGAUUCUCAGAUACUUUACGAAUUCUGACAUAUGACAUACCUCAGAAUAAACAAAAACGACUUGAGUAUUUUAACCAUACCAGUACUUCAGAAGGAAGGCUGACUACAGGGAGACUAAAGCUACAACUGGUAAAGAAGCAGCAGCUACUUACAUACAAGAUAAUAGAAACCAUUGAAGGUUUUCAGUGUUCACCUUACCCUGAGAUUGAUCAAUUUGUUCUCUCAUUGGUGAAUAAAAAUGGAAUUAAAGGAGGAAUUCGGCGUUGGAACUACUUUUUCCCAGAAGAGUUAUUGGUUUAUGAUAUUUGUAAAUACCGCUGGUGUGAAAACAUUGGAAGAGCCCACAAGAGUAAUAAUAUCAUGAUUUUGGUUGACUUGAAAAAUGAAGUUUGGUAUCAAAAAUGUCAUGACCCUGUAUGUAAAGCAGAAAACUUCAAAUCUGACUGUUUCCCAUUACCUACUGAAGUAUGUCUCCUGUUUCUUCUCAAAGAGGAAGAGUUUACAACAGAUAAAGCAACAAACAAUGAAAGCAAGAAUCCUCAUGAACCAUCAUCUAGUGAGUCAUCAAAAGGUACAUUUUCUGAUGCUGACUGGGAUAAUGGCAUUGAUGAUGCUUAUAUUUUGGAGGCUACAGAAGAUGCUGAAUUAAUAGAAGCUGCAGAGAACAGUCUUCUCAGUUAUAAUGGAAUGGAUGAAAUUCCUGAUGAACUAAUUAUGGAAGUAUUACAAGAGUAG